UUUUGACUGCGUUUUCUAUUUAGGAGCUGCGGCCGAAAGGAAUGGACAUCCGUCAGGGCGAGCUGGGAGAUCUGGUGGAUAAGGAAAUGGCAGCAACAUCAGCAGCUAUUGAGGAGGCUGUACGCAGGAUUGAUGAAAUGAUGAAUCAGGCACGGAAAGACACAUCAGGGGUAAAACUGGAGGUCAAUGAAAGAAUCCUCUACAGCUGCACUGAUCUGAUGAAGGCCAUCCGCAUGCUGGUCGUAGCGUCCACAGACUUGCAGAAGGAGAUCGUUGAGGGUGGGAGGGGCGGAGCAAGCAUAAGGGAAUUCUACGCCAGAAACUCUCGCUGGACCGAGGGACUCAUCUCUGCUGCCAAGGCCGUGGGAUGGGGAGCCACGGAGUUGGUAGAUUCUGCUGACAAGGUGGUGCUGCACACUGGUAAAUAUGAGGAGCUGAUAGUCUGCUCGCAUGAGAUCGCUGCGAGUACAGCACAGCUGGUCGCUGCCUCAAAGGUCAAGGCCGACCGCAGCAGCAAGAGGCUGGGCGUUCUCCAGCAGGCCUCUCGUCACGUCAACGAGAUGGCUGCUAAAGUCGUGGCCUCAACAAAGACGGGACAGGAAAACCUGGAAGACAAAGAUCCCAUGGACUUCUCUGGGAUGUCUCUUAUCAAGUUGAAAAAAGAAGAAAUGGAGUCACAGGUGAAAGUGCUGGAACUGGAAACUCAGCUGGGGAACGAGCGUUUGCGUCUGGGUGAGCUCAGGAAGAAACACUACGACUUAGCCGGCGUUCCUAUGGAGCAAGUUUCUGAGCGAAACGGCGACACGCCGUCACCUGUUCAGCAGCCCCGUCCUCUCAACAUGUCCCCCAAGCCCAGCAAGCCUCCCCUCGGGAGGAAACCCAUGCUCUCCCAAAAACCCAACAUACCAUCGAAACCAGGGUUCAAGUAAAUGCAGAGGAUGGCAAAGCUUCACUGCAGGAUGACCGGAUUUAGAGAAGAAAUAUUUGGCCUUUUUUGUGAAUUUCCAGCUAUACUGACAAUCCAGUGUCAACCUUCUUCUCAACGUUUUCCUUUAUUUUUAUUCUACCUUUCAUUCCUUGUUUGCCAAAACGGCCCUCCUGCCUGUUUCCUUGUUUUUUACUCUUAAUGCCUGUAGGGACUGCCCUGUUUUUCCUUUAUAUUUUCCAUGUUUGAUAUUAAGAACAUUUUAUUUUAGGCAUUUUUUAAAAAUUCUGUAUUACUAAUAACUUAAAAAUUAAAACUACUGCUACCUUUUUAUGUGGAAUGCAAACACAAAUCGGCCACAUAUCCUGUUGAUGAACAGUUGAAUUUAAUCAAGUUUAUGGCAGCCUUAUUGCACACUUUUAGAUCACAUCUUUCUCUCUUUUUUUUUUGCUAUACUCUGUUCUGUAUUAUUUAUAUUGUGAUAGUGGUGAAAGGAGACUGGGGAAUGACUUGGUGUGUGUUCAUGUUGUUGCAGAAGUAUGAUAUACCUCUAGUUUUGCCUUUUUGUGCAAAUUUGCAGUUUUUUUCCCCCCCUGAACUGAACAAGAUUGUAUCAGAGGCCUUGAAUAAUACUUCAUAGAUGCAUUAAAUGUUGCCUGUAAAGAUUUGCAGUCUGUACAAGAGACUGCUACUUACACUACAUUUAUCUCACGAAUGUCCCUUUACAAGAGGAGAGCAGAGAUACUGUGUUAAAGCAUAGACAGACCUAAAGCUUGCACACUAUGUAUCAGCUGUAGAUGUCCUAUUAUCAAACGCUUCUUGCAGGCUGAAUAUAUAAAUUUAGGGUUAGUUGAUGAGCAACUUUAAGGCGUCUCUGAGUGUUUCCUGCAGGGUCUUAAAAUGCAUCCUCUCCUCUUUAAGAAUGUCUUUUUACUCAGAUCUAUUAAUGUAUAUAUAUAUUUUAGUAAAGAUACUGGUGUGUUUUUUUUCCUUGUAAGAAGUGUAAAUGUCACUCAAACAAUAAAUGUUUGAUUUAA